GAGGAGGCGGUCACAUCACGUGUUCUGUGUUCUGUUUCUGUUUGUUUUGUAUUUCAUUCUAUGUUUAUUGUGAUUUGUGAAAUGGUAAUUGUGGCGGCGACUGAUAAGUACUAAAUAACCGGCAUAACCAUUAAUCACACCAUAGUACUUUUUUUAGCUGAUUUAUUUAUAAAUACAGAAUGCUACGGUUACUUUUGCUGUCAAUUUUAUGCGUAUUUGGUGCAGUAAAUUGCGAUGUAAUUAGAAUUCCACUAGAACGUGGUAAAUCCGCUAGAAGAACUCUACAAGAAGUCGGUACGCAUGUACAACAGGUUAAAUUCAGAUAUGGGGUUGGGGGUCCAGCACCAGAGCCCUUGUCAAAUUAUUUAGAUGCCCAAUAUUUCGGACCUAUUUCUAUCGGAAAUCCCCCACAGAAAUUUAAGGUGGUGUUUGACACUGGCUCCUCGAAUUUAUGGGUCCCCUCUAAAAAAUGUCAUUACACAAACAUCGCUUGUCUUUUGCACAACAAAUAUGACUCUACAAAAUCUUCCACUUAUAAGAAGAACGGGACUGAUUUCGCCAUCAAAUAUGGGUCUGGAAGCCUUAGUGGAUUCUUAUCUACCGAUAUCGUCACGGUGGGCUCACUUGCGGUGAAGAGCCAAACUUUCGCAGAAGCGCUAAGCGAACCGGGUCUAGCUUUUGUAGCCGCCAAGUUUGACGGUAUACUCGGCAUGGCCUACAGUAGGAUCUCCGUGGACGGUGUCACUCCUGUCUUUUACAAUAUGAUCGGUCAAGGACUGGUAGCCCAGCCGAUUUUCUCGUUCUACUUGAAUAGAGACCCAGAUGCGACGGAUGGCGGCGAGUUGAUCCUCGGCGGUUCGGAUCCUAAGUAUUACAAAGGCAAUUUCACUUACCUAUCGGUGGACCGGCAGGCGUACUGGCAGUUUAAAAUGGACAAGGUUCAGGUCGGGUCCAACGCUUUCUGCAAAAGCGGAUGCGAGGCUAUCGCCGAUACCGGUACUAGUUUGAUCGCUGGACCUGUGGACGAAGUCACAUCUAUUAACAAGUUAAUUGGUGGUACUCCGAUCAUUGGAGGAGAAUACAUCGUGGACUGCAGUUUAAUUCCAACGCUACCUAAAAUAGAUUUCAUUUUGGGCGGAAACACCUAUACAUUAGAAGGAAAAGACUACAUUUUGAGAGUGGUUCAAGCCGGAAAAACGAUCUGUCUUUCUGGCUUCAUGGGCAUCGACAUUCCCCCUCCAAACGGCCCUCUGUGGAUCUUGGGGGAUGUCUUUAUCGGGAAGUUCUACAGCGAGUUCGAUCUCGGUAACAACCGCGUCGGUUUCGCCGAGGCUGUUUAAAAGCCAGCAAAAUAUUAGCUUGUAUUUGUUAUAGUUUGCUCUCUUUUCAUAUUUUGGAGAACAAACGACUAUUCUUUGUGAUUUAGUAGGUUACGAUUUAUAUGACAUGUAGCGUUUGUGAUUUUAAAUAGAGUAAAUAUUACUGUUAUUUA